AUGCGCGCCAUCCACCGACUCCCGCUGCCGCCGCCACCGUCGGCGUUUCCUCCGUAUGCGGCCAAGGACUUCUUCCGCUUUGAGCUGGUGCAUCAGUCCACCAAAUCCAGAGCCCGCGUGGGUCGCAUCCACACUCCGCAUGGCGUCAUCGACACCCCAGGGUUUGUUCCCGUCGGGACCAACGCCGCGCUCAAGGGCGUCACCCAAGCGCAAUCCGAUGCUUCCGGUGCCCAACUGAUGUUUGCCAACUCGUACCAUCUGCUUCUUCAACCCGGCCCGGACGUCAUUCGCGACGCCGGUGGGCUUCACUCGUUCAUGGGUCGCUCGCGUCCCAUUAUCACAGACAGCGGCGGGUUCCAAGUGUUCUCGCUCGCGUACGGCUCCGUGCACGAGGAGUUAAAGGGGAACUCGUCGAAACAGAACAAGUACCGCACCACGGCGAACCCGACGUCGUCCGUCGUCAAGAUCACCGAAGACGGCGUCAUCUUUAAGUCGUACCGAGAUGGAAGGCGCAUCUCCCUGACCCCGGAGUCCAGCGUCCAGAUCCAGAAAGCGUACGGUGCCGACAUCAUCAUCCCGUUCGACGAACUGCCGCCAUACCACAUCGCUCCCGAGAAGCUUGAAGCUAGUGUCAUGCGCACGCAUCGGUGGGAAGCGCGAAGUCUCCAUGAACAUCUGAAACAGGUCAACCACCAAGCCAUGUACGGCGUCGUCCACGGAGGUACCGACCAGCGGCUGCGACAGAUGAGCGCGGAGUACAUUUCGUCGCUCCCGUUCGACGGACACGCUAUCGGAGGGAGUAUGGGAAAAGACCGCGCGGAGAUGAUGGACCUCCUCACGUUCCUCCGGCCACUGCUGCCGGAUGCAAAGCCCAUCCAUCUGCUCGGGAUCGCCGACGAACGCUCCCUCCAUGAAUGCGUUCCCCUGGGCAUCGACACCUUCGACUCAUGCUACCCCACUCGCGCCGGUCGCCACGGGUCGCUGUUCUCGUCGUCCCGAGGUGGGACGCUCCACAUCACGCGCGGCAAGUUCGCCAACGACAAAGGACCGAUCGAUGCAGACUGUUCCUGCCCGGCAUGCACCCAGCACUCCGUCGGAUACAUCCACCAUCUCUUCAAGGCCAAGGAACCCACGGCGAUGAUGCUCGCGACGCUGCACAACCUCCAUUACAUGGUGCGGUUGAUGGCGAAGUUCCGACAAGGCAUUUUUGACGGCCGAAUUUAAGAACCACAAACGAUUGUGAUUGGUGCAAA